GGACAAACCAGCUCAGAGUAACGUGAAGCUGUGAAGCAGCUUCUGGUUCAGGCCUCAGUCGUCUGAGUCGUGAACAAAGUGAACAGCGCAGAAUAAAUAGUCACAAACUUGACAAAUUUCAGUCACGGGAUUUGGCGUCGCCAAGGUGAAACCCAGGAGCCAUGUCGUCUCUCGUCCUCGUCGCCGCCGGCUCCGUCUUCUUCCCUGGACUCUUCCUGUGGCUCAAACGGAGCCUGAGACUCAUGUUGGGAUGGAGCGAAGGGGAGGCUGCUGUGAUGUCCACACGCCUGGUGUCGUCCCUCCAGGCCGUCAUGGCUUCGUCAGCUGGAUGCGUCAUCGUCUCAUCCUGCAGCGACGUCAUGGACGACAGACACUGGCUGACUGAGGUCUACAUCCUGUUCGCCUCUCCGUACUUCGCCUACGACAUCUACGCCAUGUUCGUGUGCCACCGUCACAAGCUGCAGGUCAAAGGUCACGAAGAAGAGACGGCGGCGGCGGCAGUGGGCGGAGCCAGGUCGACGGGGGCAGCGGUGAUGAGUUACCUGCGCAGUGAAUUCCUCAUGGUGCUGCAUCACGUCUUCAUGGUCGCCUUCUGCUUCCCCACUUCACUGCUCUGGAGGCAGGGUAAAGGUGAUUACUUCCAGGGCGUCUUGUUUCUGGCUGAGCUCAGCACGCCGUCCGUCUGUUUCAGUAAAGUCCUGAUCCAGUAUAAGAAACAACAGACGCUACUUCACAAAGUCAACGGAGUCAUCAUGUUGUUCACUUUCUUCAGCUGCAGAGUUCUUCUCUUCCCCUUCCUCUACUACACCUACAGCAGAGGUGUGUUCUGUGUUUCAGGUACGCCUCCAUCCCUCUGUCGUCGGUUCCCCUCGUGGCCCCGUGGCAGUGUAACCUGGGGGCCGCUCUGCUGUGGCCCCUACAGCUCUACUGGUUCUCACUGAUCUGCAGAGGAGCCGUCCGAAUGUUCUCACGACGCCUGAACUCAUCGUCUGAGACCCGGCUAAAGGAUCAGAGAGACUGAGAUGAUCUGAUUCCAGAAGAAAACUGAGAUCUGAUCAGAACCCAGUGAGGUCAAGGGUCAGCCGGGGAGAGCCUGACUCCACGUGACGUCACCGGCACAAGAUGGCGCCACCUGUAAACGACGAGCAGCUGCACGUUUGAUGUGAAUAUCAAUGUCUUCAUCAUGUUUUCAUUAAUGAUCGAUCAGUUGUUCACUUUGUGAAAUCAGAGAAGUGAAGAUGAUCAGAUGUUUGGUUUCUGUUGAUCAACCAACCAGAUGCGUCACUGAUGAAUCUGAUCUGAUGUUGUUUCUGUAGCUGUCGGUCUAACUUUUAGAAACAUGUUUUCACUUUAUCAUUAUGAUUAUUAGAAAGAAACUCUGAAAGUUUCUCUGUUUUUUUUGUCAAAACUACUGUAAUUUUUUAUUUAGUCAUCGAACCACCAGACAACAGAGACGCCUCAUUAGUAUUCAUGUUAACUGUUUUUGUAUUAAUUAAACAAACCCCUGUUGUAAUACCA